AUGUACAUCACUCUCUACUACAUAGUCACCCGUCUCCCUGACUCCCUUCGCGUAGUCAGGGACCACUUUCUCUCAGUCUGUCCCACCACUCUCACUGUUGACCUCCUCGAGAAGGCCCUCCUAGCAGUGGAGAAGAGCAUAGUCGCUGUAGGGGCCUCUCGUGGUGACCCGCGCACCCCGAUCUUUGAGGGGUGUGUUCCCCCUCCCCUCUCUUGCCCUCUGUUGCCUCUGCUGUUGCGGCCGACCUCGUUGGUCUGGAGUCGAUCGGUGCGGCGUCUACCCCUAGUAGGAAGCGUCGCUCUGGCAAGGGCAAGGGGGGCAGGGGCGCUGGAGGAGCUAGCGGGGGCGGUGGAGGCGGCGGUGGAGGCAGUGGAGGGGGUGGGGGUGGUGGUGGGAGUGAUGGCGGGGGUGGAGGUGUCGGCGGCGGCAGUGGAGGCGGCGGCGGCGGUGGCGGUGGGAGCGGAGGUGGUGGAGGUGGCAGAGGUGGAGGAGGGCGGUGGCGGAGAAGGAGGAGGAGGAGGUUGUGGCUCUUCGCAGAGGAGUGGCUCCAGUGGUGGUCAACGCCAGCAGCAGCAGCGCAGUCGGGAGACCCUGUCCCCUCAGCAGCUCCGUGAGUGGUACUCUGCAAGCCAGCGGGGUGGGGUUACUCGUCCUUCAACCUACGUCCUGCGCAACGCGGCUACCGUGGCGGGUGAGCAGUGUGGGGGUGCGCACCCCACCCAGCGCUGCUUUGGCCGCCUGACGGACGCUUUGGCCUCACCUGGCCCGGCCCUACCUGCGUCCCCUGUGUCGAGGGGCGGCAGCGGGCUGCCCCUCACUCUCCUAGUUUCCUCUGACAGAGGCCGUGCUGCAGACGCUUCACUGGACGUGUGGGGCCCAGCCCGCGUCCGUGGACAGGGUCACAAGCGCUAA